CUUCCAUAGAAACAAAACUGCACAGUAGCGCGAGCUGUCCACUGAGGUAUAAAAGAACGGAGCUGUCGGGCGGUGUUUGUGGGAUUGCAGAAACACGCUAGCCUCCCCCCUCAAAGACAUGAAACGGCUAUGCAUAUGUGAGAUCUGCAGCUGUGGACGCCAUCGCUGCCCCCACCAACCCACAGCUCUGUAUGGAAAGCCCAAUGUGACAUGUGUCCUGACCGAGUACACAGAGAAGUACCCCGCCUAUGGAAGAUACAACCCGCCCCAGAGCCUGAAACCAAAGCCUGUUAACCACGGUGACCGGGGGAGAAUGGAUGGAACUACUACAUUCAAGACUGACUUUAUUCCCUACGUGGUGACUCGACGCCCAGGGAAACAGCAGGCGGAGUACAAACCCAAACCUGGAGACAUAGAUCUGGGGACCACCUACAAACAGGACUACAGCCUUUAUGAGGUCCAACCCUUCGCCCCUUCCAGACCCAGCGAGAGGGUACGCACAACAGGGCACAAAAUGGAUACAGUGCCUACAUACAAAGAGGAUUUCCGACAGUGGGAGAUGUGCAAGCGGGAGCUGAAGAAACCCGACCUGACCUACCACCCGCCAGACGCCAAGUUCGACGGCCACACCACCUUCCAGGACGACUUCCUCUCCCGAGGCCUUGCCCCCAGGGAGAGCUUCAAGCCCUCCAGUAUCCCCAAAAUGUCCGAUACCCCCUUCGAUGGGGUGACCAGUAACCAGCAGUGCUAUGUGUCCCACCCUCUGGAGGCACGCUGGGUGAAGGCUCCAGAGCCCUAUAAACCCAGUAGCCAGCCCCUACAAGACCUCACCACCAACCGAAGAGACUACCAGGGCCUGCCAGGACAGCUGCCCCAGAGCUAUAAGCCUAACCCUGGAAAGGUGACGUCUGACGUUCCCUUUCAGAGCAGCACAGAGUUUAAGGAGCGUUUCCAGCAGUGGCCUGUGUCCCUGCCUCAGCUGCACAAGAGCCUGCAGUAUGUCAGCCCCACAGAGCACAUGGACAUGAGCACCACGUCUGGUUCAGUCUACGUCCAACACAACAUCCAGCCCUUCAUCUCUGCCAAGCCCUUCAAUCGGCCCACCAAGUCAUCAGCUCCCUUCCAGGUCUGCACCACCAUGAGGGAUGACUACCAGCCUUGGGAGGUCAAGAGACAGGCCAUGAUCAAGAAGCCUGAAGAGAUGCAGAGAGCCACCGGAAGGAUGGACCACCUCACCACUUUCAAGGCCCAUUUUACACCCCAUGAACUGCAGCCCAAUGUGAGCUUCAAGCCAGCUCACGCCCCCUUGAGGGCUGAUGCCCCAUUGGAGAGCGGCACCAUGUACAGCACAGAGUUCACCCCCAAGAGGAUCAGCAUUUGUCCAGCUAGCUACGACUCCCUGCCGGGCUUCGUGUUUGAGGACAGCGACGACAGGGGACACAGGUUCUACAGGAAGUUGCCAUCUAAGGACAUGAACAAGAUGGCUGCCGGCAUGGCGGUGGCUGUGGUGUCAUAACGUUUGACCAUGAUAUUUGGUGACCAAUGCUUUUAAUCUUAAAAAGAGCGUGUGAAGGCAAAUCUACUUUUGUUUGGUCUGUUAUGUUUUCAUUUUAUUUUCCUACUACCUGUAUAGUAAGUAUCAAUGAUGUGAUAAUCAAAUGGAACCAACAAUUAUGAACAAGUCACAAACAGGCCAUUAUAAAAUAAACUUCCCUGUAUUCUGGUUGAUGCUUUCCAUUGAAUAGUUGGCUAAUUUUUGUUUUACAAAUUUGCGAAUCAUUACAGCACUUCAUUUCUUAAUGAAAUAUCCUUGUGUCCAUGUGCCAAAUUCUGCAUCAAGUCACCAGUCACACAUUUAUUGAAAUUCUAACAAUGCAGAACUUUCAGGGUUAUUUUCAUGGUUGAAAGUGCAUAAGACAUACCGGAAACUUCAUUAUGAUUUUGCAGUGUGAUUUCAUUUGAAGGAGGCUUUUUUUUUUAAACUAGAGUUUAGAAAAAUAGUGGCCUCUUUAUAAUGCACAUUGUUGUAAAAAAGUUUCAUAAUCUGUCAGUGUGAUUUCAUGAGUCUUAUGGUCUCCCUCUGUGUGUGUUUAUAAUGAGUAUUACCAAACAAAAUAUCAGGUGAUCAAACUGUCUUUAUUAUCUUAGUAUGUUGUCUUUCUAGAGCAUUUCAACGUUUUGUUCCAUAAACAUCUUCAUGAUGUUCCUUCAGUCCAGUUAGGAUUCUACAAACGGUAUCCAUGUCAACACCCAAUGUUAUGGUAACGUAAUCGAUAUGUUGUCCUAAAUAUCAGUAGCAUUGAUUAUUGUCAGUGUGCAUUUGUUUGAGUGAGUGGCACUUGAUAAUGUAUCUGCAAAACACAUGACAUGUCUCUACAAAUCCUUGGUGAUUGUAGGUAAAUGCAUGAGAAUAAAACCAGAAGGGAAAGGUAUUAAACACCUGUGAUCCAACAACAGCAAGUGCUUAUUAAUAUACUGUAUGGUUUCUAU